AUGUUAUCGGACAUUCAGGUCUUCGUGAGAUGGAAAGAACAAACCAUAUUCGCCGGAGAGGACGUUGAAUGUACAAUCACCUUUAAAAAUGUGACCGAGGAAGAGGCCGGGAAUGAGGUUGUUGGGACGACGAAGCAUUAUCGAGGCGGAUCGAGGCCUAUCAACACCGUUACAGAUGGAACAAGCUACUCCCCAGCAAAGUCCCUGAAUCCAUUCUCCUUCAAUAAUCCGCCGCGUCGCCCGCAGUCCUCGGGGUAUCGACCUCGACACCCACAUCACAGGGCCUCUGCUUCCGUCGGCUCUUCUCCUAUGCUGAGCCAGAGUUUCCCGCCGGCCACUCCAUCACGAACAAAUGGAACUCCCAACACCCCAGGCCAUUUCCAUAAACGAUCUGUUUCGAUUAUAUCCUUGGAGACGGACAUUUCUCAUGACCGUAAACAACUUCAGUCUCCGAAGAGCCCGCAACCAGGUCGACAUACACGAUCAGCAAGUUUCCAAGCUACCCCUAGACGGCAUGAUCCUUACAAAGACGAUUUUCCAGCUGUAUCCCCCCGAACUCCAAUUUCGAGGUUCUCGCCCCUUGCAUCACAGUCCAACCUCUCCCUUCCAAACAUUAAGGAUGAGGCAGACACCUCCCGCUAUCCUGCCAACAAUUCACCAGCAGCCAGACGGAGCCCUAUGCGCAGAGCUCCACGCAAAAUGAGUGCUUUCAACGGAGAUUUCAAGUUUCCACAAGCUCCGCCCUCACCUGAAAGUAAUACAAACCAAUUAGUACAGCCACCCACAGACGGUCAACCCACAGAAUCUCCUAAUAAAUCUGCCAUACCCGACCAUAUCAACGUAAAUGCUGCCAAUGGGAAGUUGACGGCUGACCAGCCUCGCUGUCUUACACCGGCAACGAAACUCUCCGCUGUAUCAGCGAUGGAAGGCAGUACUCGAAGCAGUACUGAGUUUUAUUCUCUAAGCAAUAACUCAACGGAGACUCUCGAUUCAGACUACAAAUUGGCCUCUAUGAACAGAGGCCUUCCCAGGCAUCGAAGACACCAAUCAAGCCUCGAGCCAACCAGGAUUAGUCGGUCUAAUGAGUCCCAGACACUUCUAAUGGGCUAUGCCCAGAUUAAUGCUUCAUUUACCGUUGAUGGAUCACUACUAGAUCAGUCAGUCUUUGAAGAAGUAAAGCGUAAGGGUGUUGUUGGCCAUCAUGGGAGCAAUGACCGGUCGCCGAGACAAUCAAAAUCUAGAAGCGGGUUCUGGGGAAAUAUAGGGCUCAGUAGCCUGGGGAACUCUCUUGCAAGUUUUGCCUCAACAGGAGAACUUGAUGGACUACGGGAAAUGCGAGGUGCUUCCUCAUCUCACUCUAUACCAUUACUGUCAACUCCGCAAUCCCUACUCUUUGUCGACCUUCGUUUAGCCCCAGGGCAGGAAAAGGCAUUUUCAUUCUCCUUCACCCUACCCCGCGGAUUACCUUCAAGCCACAAGGGUAAAGCUAUAAAGAUUUCAUAUAAUUUGGUUAUUGGAACACAAAAAGCAGCAGUCAUAAAGGGAAACCAGCGACUUCACAAGAUCAAUAUACCAUUCCGUGUUCUCAGUGGUGUGGACGCCCAAGGGGGUGUUCUCGGGCACGAUUUAAUGCAGCCGUAUGUGGUGUUAAGGGAUGAAGCUCGCGUGCGGAGUAUUGACUCGUCGGCGCCCCGGCCGCCUGUAAAGGAGAAAAGUAUCAGCGCGAAAGCGUGGACAUCAGCACCUCAGUUUCUAUCUUAUGUCGACGAAAUUCUCAAACAGAAAGACCGUCAGGACACGUUGAUGUCACCGGUAACUCCGGGGCCGCCACACCUUCAUCAUGAAACACCGUUUUCAUGUAAAGACGCAAUUGACUUGGCUAUCCUACGUAGCAACAAGUCAACUGUAUCGGACCAGAGCGCUAACCGCUUCGAAAUAUCCCGUAGCGGCCGACGAGUUGCCGUUAUCGUACUUAACCGACCAGCUCACCGAAUAGGAGAAACUAUAGUGGCCACUGCCGAUUUUACAAACGCGGCUAUUCAUUGCCAUUCCUUACGUGGGUCACUGGAAACCCACGAGACAAUCAACCCUGAAAUUGCACUUCGGUCGGCAGCAAGCAUCACUCGUGCCACACGAAAAGUUCAUGCCAUGUGUUUUGAAAACACCCUCUUUGCAUCCAGAGUAGCCUUUACGCCUGCCAUCCCGGUUUCUGCAACGCCUACUCUUAUAACCUCCGGCGUGAACGUCGAAUGGCAGCUUCGGUUCGAGUUUGUGACAAGCAGCUUGUCAGAUUCUACGGAGAACGUUCCAGCAUUAGCAUCCGGAAUAGGUCUGCUGGAACCCGUUGAACACGACGAAAGAGGGACCGUCUUUGCUGCUGCCGAACAUAUGUCUUGUGAAUCUUUUGAAGUCAGCAUUCCUAUUACGGUCUAUGGCGGGACAGUGCAGGAGCCUAGCCGUGAGGAGUUGCAGGGGAUACCGAUAUAA